GGCCGAGCGGCGUCGCCAUAAUAAGGAACAUCCUGCUUUCGACAGAGAGGGGGAGGAUAGAGCUGAGGUCUGGCAUCUCCCGGUAGUAGGCUAUAUCUACCAGGUCUUGAACACUAAAGGGUCCAACAGAGGGGGACAAAAUAAUAGAAAGAAAAGGGCUUCCGUCGUAGGAAGAAGGAAUCUCCACUCGUUUUAUGCCUGGUACUAUUACCGGAGAAGGACACACGCCGGUUUAGUGUUUUACCGAUACGGAUUAAUAACACGCCAGACGGAUGUUCGCGAGGAGGGGCGGUGCACUCUGAAGUUAGAGACUACUGCCUACCGAGAGAAGCGCUUGUUCCCCCGUGAAGGUUCGCGCCCCCCAGCCACAGCAUGAAGCUGCCGCCGUGUCUGAUGACGAUCCUCGCGGCGCUGCUCGCUCACUCCGCGCUGGGUCAGACCUGGGUUCCGUCUAUAGAUCUAGAAGAUUCUUCUGGAGAUGAGUUCUAUGAUGAUGAAGACCUCUUCUCAGGCUCUGGAUCUGGCUUUCCAGAGAUGAAGGUCAACCCUACAGCGGUGGGUGUGUCUUUCAGCACUGAGGAGCCCCUUCCCCUUUCCACCACCCAGGCUACUGGCCCCGCCCCCUCAGCCCCACCUGCAGCCGAGCCCAAUCCCAACCCCGACGCUCUCCCCACCCCACUACCCACUGAGGGAGAGGGGGAGAGUGGGAUAGAGUGGGAGAGAGGGAGGGAGAGAGAGAGGGAGAGGGAAAGAGAGAGAGUAAGGGAGAUGGAGCGGGAGAGAGAACGAGAGCGGGAGAGGGAUAGAGAGAGGGAGAGAGAAAAGGAGAGGGAGAGAGAAAGAGAGAGAGAGAGGCAACGGGAAAUAGAGAGGGAACGAGAAAGAGAACGUGAAAGAGCGAGAGCCGCCCAGACCACCAUCUCACCCCGUGGCCCGGCGGCUGUUCCCAUGGCGACCACCAGCACAGCGACGCCUCUGGCGGAGAGUGUAGCACCCUCUAGUGGCGUGCAGGACCUGGUCACCACAGAAGAAGAGGACGAGGAUGUCUACCUGUCCCCAGACCCCACCACCAGUAUGCCUAUGGAGACCACCACGGAAGAAGAAGAAGAAGAGGAAGAAGUGACCACUACAGAUACAGAGACCACACCCCUCCCAAAGACAACAGCUCCACCCACUACGAUUGGCCCAGCCCUAACUGAGAGGUCUAGCUCCGCCCCCUUUAGGCCCAGUGUUCUGGUGACCACGCCUAUUAAAGCCGCACCCACAGAGAGGAGCACACGCCCACAGCAGCCUUCUACGACAAUGAAUAAUGAAUUAGGCGUUAAUGGACCCAGCGGAGACUUUGAGAUUCGGGAGGAGGACCGUCGCCAGGGCAACGAGGUUGUUGGUCGUGGCCUUGGCAUGGAGACUGGGGCAGAACCUGAUCUGAUUGGCAACACAAUUAACACAGGAAGUUCUGCCGCUCAACUUCCUCAGAAGAACAUCUUGGAGAGGAAGGAGGUUCUGAUAGCGGUGAUAGUGGGGGGCGUGGUGGGGGCCCUGUUUGCAGCGUUCCUGGUCAUGCUGCUGGUGUACAGGAUGAAGAAGAAAGAUGAAGGCAGCUACACACUGGAGGAACCCAAGCAAGCCACCGUCACCUACCAGAAAGCUGACAAACAGGAGGAGUUCUACGCAUAACACACACACACAGUGUGUUAUCACUCCAGCUCCCUUCCAGUCCUGUCGCUUCACAUCUCCUUCCCAUCCUUCUCCCGUAUCUUCCUCCCUCUCUUCUCUCCUAUCUUCCUGUCCUCCAUGUCAGUUGUUACUGAGAGUGCCCGUCUCUCCACGGACUCAAACAUUUCUUUAAAAAAUAUAAAUACACUUUUAAAAAAAUAACAAAAUAAAUAUAUCAGCUGGAAAAAAAUAUAUAAAAAUGUGAUACACAAUUUUUUUUUUUUUUUAAGUAAAUGUUGUUAUUGAUAUUAUAUGAUUAUUGUUCUGAUGAUGUAAUGAACUGAUUAUUUUGUAAAAACACAAGCUCUUAUCCGGUGUUCUAGCACAAUACUCUAGUGUCUGUUCCACGGAGCGAAUGAGCCAAGUGACAGAGGGAUGGGGGAGAAGAAGGGACAGAGACAAACAGAGGAGGAAAGAGUGUCAUCUGAUUGGCCACACAGACACUGGGGUCAAAGGUUAGAGGAAAGGUCUCUAUUGUAGUGCCUUCCAUUGCCCUGGUGCUCUCUCACACACACACACACACACAUGGCUUGGACCCCUCUCUCUGUGCUUGGCCAAUCAGAGUAGGGGAAACCUCCUACAACGCUCUGACAACCUCAGGACAACGUUGUGGCAGCAUUCACUGGUAGUUAGCAAGGGAUUCUAACCAGGGAUAUAGUGUUAAAUAAAAUGGUGGGUAAACAAACCGCUGGGGUAACAUAAACAUUAGCUAAUGCUAACAAUGCUACCUGAUGGUAGUAGAGUUGUGUAAACACUGUUCACCAAGUGAAGGGGUGUUUAAACAACAGAUUAUGAGUGUUUACCCUCCUCAACAUCCCUGGGUUGUAUUCAUUAGGCACCAAACAAAGAAAACGGACUGAAACAGAGAGGACUACCUGGUCCAAUAAGAAAUGCACAUUUCCGUAUUCCAUUGCAAAAUGUUUUACAACGUUUUCCGUUGUGUGUCAAUGAAUACGACCCUGGUGCUGAAUGCUAACACAGGGCUAGCGGCUAGCUGUCUGGUUUGCUCCUUUACGCUGUACAAAGGUGAUUAGUUCUAUGGAUAGUAAUAAUAACCAAUAAUAUAUCAAUGUUCUGGACUGGUUGGUAAAUAAUAGUAAUAAUGAAAAUAAUACUCGAAUGAACAAAAGGAUGUGUAUUUAGCGGUUUCAAAAGUUUAUAUGUAAAUAAUCAUUGGUUGAAAUACUUUUUCUGUCGUUGCCACUAACCAGUCGCAUGAUCACCAUUUCUAUAUCACGUCAAUCUGUGGAGCUGUGCUCUCAACCCACAUACACCACACACACUCACAAGUACGCACUCACACACUUAAGCAAAUAUACACACGCCGUACAUGCAAGCAUGCGCUCACAAGCUCAAACACACACACACACAAAUAUAUCACUUGCGCUUCAUUGACUAAAUAUAUAUAUAUAUAAAUCAUAUCACUCACUCAACAUAUUAUCAUUAUCAUCAUCACACAAGCUGGUUUCAGUACAUUAUUAAUAAGUGGCUGAUCAGUUGCUGGUUGGUUAGAGUUUGGUCCGUUGUGUAAAGGCACCAGCAUGUAUCCAUCCAAUCCCCUGCAUGCUCUUUCUUUCUCUUCUACCAUUGGCUGUCUAUUUGGGGGUGGGCUGGUCUUUGGGACUGUGAGGGAGGGGCUUACGAUGCUGAAAGUGGCUCUUCAAGUAGAAGUUGUCCAUCAGUAGGUGUGGGGACAGGAGUUAAGGUGGGGGCAGUGGGUAGGGGUGGGGACAGGAGUUGAAGUGGGGGCAGUGGGUAGGUGUGGGGACAGGAGUUGAAGUGGGGGCAGUGGGUAGGUGUGGGGACAGGAGUUGAAGUGGGGGCUGUGGGUAGGUGUGGGGACAGGAGUUGAAGUGGGGGCUGUGGGUAGGUGUGGGGACAGGAGUUGAGUUGGAGGCUGUGCUUUCUAUCUAAGAUUGUAACAAUAACCAACACACCAGUACGACUGGACUAGUAGCUUCUAAUAUAUUCAGUACUGUAGAACAACUGCAUGGGAGUCAAACUAUACUAGUCUCUGUGUGUGUGUGUGUGUGUGUGUGUGUGUGUGUGUGUUCUGAGAGGAAUGUACUGUGGGCAGGUGUGUAUUUUACCUGCUCCAGCAGUUCUGACGCUCUUCCAUAGUCAGGUAGUCACACCUGUACCCCUGUGUGUGUACGCCUCAACUGCUUUGCCCCCUCUUUUUUUUUAAGCAGUGAAUGCCUCACUCUUAUUUCACAUCAGACUUGUGUGUGUGUGUGUGUGUGUAGGUCUCACCUGUUCACUGCUGAAUGUGGGGCUAGUCUGCUUUUUCACACACAAUCUGUCACUCACGGUCUGUUUGUCUGUAGCAGGACUGACUGACGUCACACAUCACAGACAGAACUGACCUGAACUGUCUUUUCUAAACUUACCUUCCAACUGUUAACAUGUGUUUGUACCCAUAUAAGUCUGCAUAGCCAAAUAAUAGAGAAAGAGAGUGUGAGUGUGUGAGUGUGAGUGAGUGAGUGUGAGUGUGUGUGUGUGUGUGUGUGUGUGUGUGUGUGUGUGUGUGUGCGCGCCAAGUUGGUGGAAGGCCACACCACACUGUGUUUGCUGUUACCCAUCCUGUUUUUAUACAUUUGCAUUUUUUAAGGCUGUUUCUGUCAUUGGCUGCUGAGCGCUGGGAGGCGGACCUCUGCGCCACGGCCCUGCCACUAAUUUGCCACUCUGUUCCAAAUAAAAGACCUCAUUGGUUAACA